AUAUAAUGAUGUCAUAGGAUUAUUCAAAACGAGGAUGUAUAUCGAGAAAGGGGCAAAGGUCAAGGUACUUGUACUGGGAGAUUCUGGUGUUGGAAAAUCUUCACUUACUCAUCUUCUUUGUCAUAAUGAAGCAAAUAGAAAUCCAGGAUACACGAUCGGAUGUUCCAUUGAAAUUAAACUUCAUGACUACAAGGUUGGAACACCUUCUGAGCAAACAUAUUGUCUAGAGAUUUGGGAUAUUGGUGCAUCAAGCAGUCACACUAGUGGUAGAUUCAUAUUCUACUCUGGAGUAAACGGAAUCAUCCUGGUCCAUGAUUUAACAAACAGAAAAUCCUUGCAAAACUUGAACAAAUGGAUGAAUGAAGUUAUAAACCAGGAUCCUAAUCUGUCAGGAGUUACAGUUGGAAGUGGCAACGUUGGAUCUUACGAUUCUGCUCAAAAUUAUGGGGCGUUUUCCAUUCCUGUUAUUAUGGUAGGAACCAAACUUGACCUGAUUGCCGACAGCAAGAGAAGAGAUAUUGCCAGGAGAUCUGCUAUGGUGGCUGAUGAUUUUGGAUGUUCAGAAAUAUAUUUGGAUUCUGCUCAGUGGCAGUUUUUGGCCCCUGGUUCAGGAAAUGCUGUCAAACUAACAAGGUUUUUUGACAAGGUUGUUGAAGAUGCCAAGCAGAAGAGAGUCACCAGUCGAGGUGAUAUGACUCCUCAAAGAGCAGAAAGAACAGGCUCAUUUGGGGGAUCUGAUAGAAGACGAUUUCCUGUUAGUAAAAUGGGAGGAUACACACCAACUAAGUCUGGUGCACAUCAAGACUGAAUGGGUGAAUGAAUACUGGGAAUAGUAGGCAGAUUGAUGAUUAUCAAUCGGGAUUAUGCGAGAGUAGCGAGACUAUCUUCUUUUCAUUCAUUCAAUGGUGCUGUAGCAGGAAUGAAAAGGACUAUUCUAUGUUAUUCAAGUAUCUUGCUGCUUACUAAGUAACAAAAAAUUAUUAAUGUAACACUGUCUAUCUUCACUAUGUUUGCCUGAAGAAUUGUACCUCAGUCAUAGGAAAUGUACAGAAAUUCAUUCGUGUUGUAUGUAGCAAGAUUCUUGAAUCACAAACGUAAGCCUGAAAUGUGAUGGCUUCAUGUCCAUUAUACCUGCCAAGCGGUAUGUAGUAUAUUAUGGUAAAGCUUGUUCGUUCUUGAGAGAAUUUUGCAAGCCUUUUUAGCAGAAUUAUUUCACAAAUCUAAUAAUCGGUAUUGAAGAAAUUGAUAGUCUGAAAUACCAUUGAUUUCGAGAAAUUCCACAGGUACUGUUUGCUAAUACUUGCUAGCUGCCACAUUGUGCAAUCUUCCAUGUUAAUAAAUAAAAUUUAUUCAUUGCUAUUAU